UUCUGCUGCUUUGUGCUGUCUUUUUGCACACAACUACCAGAUGUUGAUUUAGAUCAGUAUUUGACUUUUUCAGGAUUUUGAAAUGGAGAAAUUCUGAAUUUCUUGGGAUUUUAGGGAUAUUUACCACAUUUGUAGCACAAAUGUGUAUUUACUUUCUACCAUUUGUCAUAUUCCUGUUUAAUGUUACUAUAAUGUUAAUGACAAAAAACAAUCCAUCACACUAUUAAUUGUUAUUCAACAUAAAGCAGUGUUUAUUAGAUGCUUGCAGUGAUAUAUUUAGACCCCAAAACGACAGUAAAAGUCCAUUUUGUCUACUGAUUAGAUACUGAAGCAGUAUUAAUAACUCUUACAUGAGUUUAAAGUGUUGAUGACCAUGCCAGUCUCUACUGAUGGUUGGAUGGCUGGAAUAAGUUGAGAUUAGUGAGAAACAAGCUGUAAAAUGUAUAAAUUCAUCAUGUAAAGAGACCUUCAUGAUGCUGCCACCACCGUGCUUCACAUCAGAAACACAUUCAUGGUAGAUCUAACUUGUCUGGACAGAAUUUAAUUUGUUUAAUUUCUUGGACAAAACAGACGGUGAAACUAUUAAUUUUAUUAAAGGAGUUGAUUAUUAUCAAAGUACUGUUAAAUGUUGAUAUUCUUCAUUGAAAGGAGCCACAUUCUGGUUUGUAGUUGUAUUCUGGCUCAAUAUAAAGUGGAUUUAAUUUGAUGUGUUUGUGUAAAAUCAAUGAAUGUAUAGUCUAACAGGUAGAGUAGAGGUUUGAAGUAGGGAACUGUGUUGAAUAUAGAAAUACAGCAGAAAGAGUCCAGUUCCUCCCACCAUAAAUACAGAUAAAUAAGCAAAUUAAGAUAAAUCCUAAAUGUCCUCUGUAAACAAUGUGCAAAUAUUGUUUUAUGUGUUCCAGAUGAAAUAAGAGUGUAAUGUGAGAGUAUGAUAAAUGUUGCUGCUCUCCAUUCCAAGGUGGUUUGUAGUUGUACUCUGUGUGACAUAUUUAAUGAUAUAUCAGUAAAUGAAUGACAGCAGUGAGCAGGAUGACAGCUGUUGAAGGACUUGGCGGCUCUGAAAAGAGCCGUUGUCGGUGCGUUGAUCGUGUUCUGAGUCUAAGCUCUCUCUCCACGGAUGCUAAGGACUUUUCCUGGAUCAUCAGCAACUAACUGAACACAUGAGAAACACACAACAUAACUUCAAUGAAGUAUUUUAAUUCAACACUUAUUUGUACUUCACAUUAUUCAACAUAAACACAGUGUACAGAAAGCCUCUGUGCUGCUUCUAUGUCAGUGAGACAACAAUGAAAACAUACUAUACUUUCUAUAUUUCUAUAUUUCUACAGUGUAUCUAAACACUAUAGAAAUCACUCAGUCUGGUUGUCUUUCUAUUUAUACUUUACAUUAUAUGAGUAAAGGCUGGGAACCAUCAGUAAAAUGAUACAAACAGAGAAGAAAUAUACUGACGUGUUGAUAAUAAUGUACAGAUUCUCGUAUAUGGACACAGUGUUGCUACACAAAGACAGUAAAUACACGUUUUUAUUGUAUUUGUGUCCCAACAGAGUGAAAUCCUGCAGUUUGUCAGUGUGUUGGAGUAAAGCUGGUUGUAAAAGCUGAAUCAUCUGCAUGUGUGUGUGAGAUUGUCUGAGCCGUUUUGCAGCAGGUGUGAUCCAGGUGAGGUGUGAUUGUGAGUCAUCAAAGGUGAGUUGAAUGAAAGUGAGGCGGUGAGUGUGUGACAGCAGCUAGCUGAGCCAGCAGCCUCCAGCAGCCUCCAGCAGCAGCUGUGUUUGCACACACCAAAAUAAUGGCACCACAAAGAAACACCAUCGAUCGGAGCGCCCCGUUUUCCCUCCACAUCUGUCUACAGACGUGUGUUCUCGCUGCCAAAGCGCUUCGAGGAGGAUCAAGUUGGAUUUUAAAGCUUUUACGAGAGAAAAAUGACGGAAAAGUGGCGGAGCGGAGCCUCGCUGGGCGGCGGAUCGGGGAGGUUUGAAGGUUUCCUGAACAAACUCCAGAAACGUUCUGAGGUUUCUGGAGCGUUUUUAUGAAGACAAAGUUCUCCGCUAUCGGCCUGAUUCGGCCGUGUGUUUUGUUUUGUCCUCCAGACGUGGAUUUUGUCCGUUUUGGUGCGCAGAGAAAACACAGUGAGAGCGGAGAGCAGGCGGGGCGGGUUGAGUCUCCGCGGUUCUCAUGGUGUGUUUAUGUACCAGCGUGAGCUCGGAGAUUUCACAGUCUGAUCGGACUCUCUCUGACAGCAGCAUGGCAGAAGUAGCUCCCGCUGAGACACCCGCCGCUCCGGCACCGGCGAAGAAGGCCCCCAGGAGGAGGUCCGGCACCGGGAAGGAGAAGAAGAAACAAAUCUCCUGCCGGGAGCUGAUCCUCAGGGCGGUGGUUGCAUCCAAGGACCGCAAAGGUGUGUCCUUAAGCGGCCUGAAGAAGCAGCUGGUCGCCGCUGGAUACGACGUGGAACACAACGCUGCUCGCAUUAGAAGGACCAUCAGGACCAUGGUGGAGGCAGGUCUUCUCACCCAGACCAAAGGAACCGGAGCUUCUGGAUCCUUCAAGGCCGGUAAGGUAGCUGAGAAGAAGCCCAAGAAGGAGGAGAAGAAAGCCGCUAAGCCCCAAGUCAAGAAAGCGCCAGGAACCAAAGGCAGUAGGCCAGCAGGUAGGAGGCCAGCAGCCAGGAAGCCCAAAGCCGGUGGAUCCCUGAAGAAGGAGGCCAAGAAAGGCGCUAAGAGAGCAGCUGGGAAGAAAACAACAACAACCCCCAAGAAACAAACCCCCAAGAAAUCCUCGCUCAACAAGUCCACUCCUAAGAAGGUGAAGCCCCCAGCAGCUAAAUCCAAGUCCACACCCAAAUCCAAACCUGUCAAGAAACCUGCAGCCAAGAAACCUGCAGCCAAGAAACCUGCAGUCAAGAAACCUGCAGUCAAGAAACCUGCUGCCAAGAAACCUGCAGCCAAGAAGUAAACGAUCGACUUUACUUCUUACACAAAAAGGCUCUUUUAAGAGCCACCCACAUCUCUGAGGAGCAAAACCACUGCUCUGAUUACAGCUGCUGCUUCUGCUGUUUAGUACUCAGUUCCUCAAAGUUUACCUGAAAACUCAGCUUUUCUUAAUGUCUGCAUACAUUUAUUAGAUUUUAUACUGCUUGCAGAGAAAGGUUUUGUACUGAAGAACAAACAUGUUAAUUUUUUCUAUUUGUACAAUAAAAUAUAAAUGUUCUGUUUAAACUUC